AGUGAAGAGCGAAACAGAGUGAAGGAGGGAGAGGGAGAGAGAGAGAGAGAGAGCAAAUGUUGCAGAAAUGAACAAUAACAACAACGACAUUCAACACCUGAAACAAGAUCUGGACCCCCAAAGCGACCACAGCUCCGACCUCUACCCCCAACAACCCCACCCCCACCCUCACCCUUUCCAACCCCAAUCUCACCCCCACCCUCAGCCCCGCCGCCCCCGCGGCUUCGCCGCCACUGCCGCGGCGGCGGCGGUGGCCAUGGGUGCUGCCUCCGCUGCCGCCGCCUCUUCGUCCAGUGGAGUUGCCAAGGGGAAGAAGGAGAGGGAGAAGGAGAAGGAGCGCACCAAGCUCCGUGAACGCCACCGCCGGGCCAUCACCAGCCGCAUGCUCGCCGGCCUCCGCCAGUACGGCAACUUCCCUCUCCCCGCUCGCGCCGACAUGAACGAUGUCCUCGCCGCCCUUGCUCGCGAGGCUGGUUGGACCGUUGAUUCCGAUGGCACCACCUAUCGCUCCUCUCCUCCUCCUUCCCAAAUGGGGACGUUUCCUGUUAGGGUUGGAAGCCCACUGUCUUCUAGUUCACUGAAAAAUUGCUCCGUGAAAGCUACAUUAGAUUGUCAGCCAUCGGUUCUCAGAAUUGAUGAGAGCUUAUCACCAGCGUCACUUGAUUCUGUUGUAGUUGCAGAGAGGGAUACAAAGAGUGAAAAAUAUACAAGUGCAAGCCCCAUGAAUUCAUCUGAAUGCUUGGGGGCUGAUCAGCUUAUGCAUGAUGUUGGUUCCAGGGAGCAUGGAACUGACUUUACAGGAACUCCGUAUGUCCCUGUUUAUGUGAUGCUUGCUACUGGUGUAAUCAACAAUUUCUGCCAGUUGGUUGAUCCUGAAGGUGUUAGACAGGAGUUGAGGCAUCUGAAGUCUUCACAUGUAGAUGGUGUCGUCGUCGAUUGUUGGUGGGGUAUCGUUGAAGGUUGGAACCCACAGAAGUAUGAAUGGUGUGGAUACAGGGAACUAUUUACCAUGAUCCGAGAGUUCCAACUGAAAUUGCAGGUUGUAAUGGCAUUCCAUGAAUAUGGAGGAAAUGAUUCUAGGGGUGUACUGAUCUCCCUCCCCCAGUGGGUUUUGGAGAUUGGGAAAGAGAACCCAGAUAUAUUUUUUACAGACCGUGAAGGAAGGAGAAAUACUGAAUGCCUAUCUUGGGGUAUUGAUAAAGAACGAGUACUAAAAGGAAGAACUGGUAUAGAGGUCUACUUUGACUUCAUGAGAAGCUUUCGCACAGAGUUCGAUGACUUGUUUGCUGAGGGUCUCAUCUCUGCAGUUGAAAUUGGAUUGGGAGCUUCUGGGGAGCUAAAGUACCCUUCUUUUUCAGAAAUGAUGGGUUGGAGAUACCCGGGUAUUGGUGAGUUUCAGUGUUAUGACAAAUACUCACAACAAAAUCUACGAAAAGCUGCGAAAUUGCGUGGGCACUCAUUUUGGGCCAGGGGACCUGAUAAUGCAGGUCAUUACAAUUCUAGACCACAUGAAACUGGCUUCUUCUGUGAACGAGGUGAUUAUGAUAGCUACUAUGGGCGCUUUUUCCUCCACUGGUAUGCUCAGUCUUUGAUAGAUCAUGCUGAUAAUGUCCUAUCUCUUGCAAGCCUUGCAUUUGAGGACACAAGGAUAAUUGUAAAGAUUCCAGCCAUCUAUUGGUGGUACAAAACUACAAGCCAUGCGGCAGAACUGACAUCUGGAUACUAUAACCCUACAAACCAGGACGGAUAUUCUCCAGUUUUUGAGGUUCUUAAGAAAUACUCGGUGACAAUGAAGUUUGUCUGGUCAGGGCUGGUUCCGUGUCAUGAAAUUGACGAAGCAUUGGCUGAUCCAGAAGGUUUGAGUUGGCAGGUUUUAAAUUCGGCCUGGGAUCGAGGAUUGACUGUGGCUGGUCAGAAUGCAGUUCCAUGUUAUGAUAGAGAAGGGUACAUGAGAAUAAUUGAGACCGCAAAGCCCAGAAACGAUCCUGAUCGUCGCCACUUUUUGUUCUUUGUGUAUCAACAGGCAUCACCUUUUGCUCAAGGAACAAUAUGCUUCCCGGAAUUGGACUACUUUAUUAAAUGCAUGCACGGAGAAAUUACAGGUGAACUAGAACCCUGAUGAGCACAAGUGCUGGUUUUACAAGUUGACUAGCAGUCAAGACGAUGACUGACAUGGUGGAGAUGGAAUCUGUAUAUUGAAUAUGGCUUAAGUUGCUGAAUUUUCUAACCUUUCCGCCAGUAUUUUAGUAAUCAUUUGUCUUAAGGAUUACCUUUUUUAUUUUAUUUUAUUUUUUGCCCUAUUUUCUUUCUUUCUAUAUUAAUUUAUAAUUGUAAUUUCAUCCAAAUUACAGCACUGAUUGCAAAAGUGAAGCAUUAAAUUAGGUAUUUUAGAAAAAAGUAUUUAGUAUACGAGAUAGUUGGUACUAGUUUCUCUCACAUCAUGUGAUUUUGUGUUACUUUCUCUACUCGUAUUGGUUCGAUUUACACAAAA